GUUCCAAAAAUCUCUCUUUUUUUUUUCUUCGCUGUCCUUCGAUCGUUCCCUUGGUUGACAAUUUGCUCUUGUUGUUGGUGGUGAUUCUAGCUUCUGGCUCCACAGAUCGUCGUCGCCCUCGUGUCGGUCUCCCUGAAAAUCUCGCGUCCCCGUCUCCUCUCAGAAAGCUAAACUCCCGCUCCCCCAGCACCCGGCCGGAUCAAAAUGGCAGCUUGGAGCGAUCACUCCUCCACCGCCGCAGCGGCGAUGCUGAAAAGCGGAGCAAUUGAGCAGCAGCAUGGCAGCGGCGAAAGCUCCAGCUUGGUGGCGAUGCUCGGGCUUCGAGGAGCAGUGGGAGGCCUGCACCACCACCACCACCAUAGCUCGGCUUCGCCACCACCGCCACCGCCUCCACCAGCACCGCCACUGACUUCCAAGCGGCCCCUCUACCCUACAAUGUUGGAUUCGCUGGACGAGACCGGCGACGGGGAGGUCGCGGAUGAUGGCAGCACCGGCGGCGGCGGCGGGUCGAGCGGCGGCGGAGGAUUCCCGGAGAAGAAGCGGCGGCUGAGCGUGGAGCAAGUCCGGUCCCUGGAGCUGAGCUUUGAGACCGAGAACCGGCUGGAGCCCGUGCGGAAGAUGCAGCUGGCGCAGGAGCUCGGGCUGCAGCCCCGGCAAGUCGCGGUGUGGUUCCAGAACCGGCGAGCCCGCUGGAAGACGAAGCAAUUGGAGAAGGACUACGACGUUCUCAAGGCGGCGUACGAGUCCCUGGCGGAGGAGAACAAGCGGCUCAAAGCUCAACUGAGCGACAAGAAGCUCGUGGAUGGCAAUCACGAGAAGAAGCCGGAUGAAGAUGAUGACGACAAUGAUGAAGAUCGCAACGAGGAAGAUAUGGACGAGGACUCGGGAUCGGCGGCGGCGGCUGCUACUACUACCACGGACAAGCCACCCAAGCCGCUGCUGCUCGUCGCCACCAUGGCCAAGAACAACAAGAGCAGCGGAGUAGUGGAGGAUGUCGACGAUCAGGUGUGUACCACUCCAGACUCUCCCACGGUUGUCUCCUCCAAAUUCAAGGAGUCGCCGCUGUCAUCCUCCGACGGCUAUAACUCUGAUGUCUUGGACGCGUUUAGUCCGCAUCCAGCACCGCCAGCGCCGCCGCCACCACCGGCCAGAGCUCACAAAUUAUCACCGCUAGCUCCGCAGCAUCCAGCGGAGGACGAAGAACAAGCUCCUCCGGUAAAGGAGGAACCGGUGGCUUUCCCGUACAAGCUCGACGACGACGAUGCUCUCCGGGGCCUCGAGGAUGACGCUUCGUACAACUGCUUGUUUGGAACGGCUGCCGAGGAGGAGCAAGGCAACUGGGCUUCCUGGUGGGAUUGGGCUUAGUAGCAGCAGCAGCUCUCUCCAAUCCAAAAAAACCAAGUACCUCUCUCCCAGUUGUCGAGUACUAGUAGAAGAAAAAGUAUCGAGCCUCCCGGUGUUGAUGGAUCAAAGAUCUUCCAGCACUGUGUUUCUUCGUCCCAAGUCUUAGUACCCCUCUUUUUUGGUUGUUGUAAUUUCGGAGCCUCUGCUCAACUGUGUAUACUGGUUGGCUCUUGGUAAUAAACAGAACGACGUUGUC